AUGAGCCCACAGCCCGAGCCCGCGCGAGAAGACCCUAUCCUCAGCGACUUUGACGGCGAUGCCAGCACCCAGCAACCUCAGACAUUCGAUGAUCUCCUGGAAGAGGUCAUUCGCACUGCUGAAGAGGACGCAAGCUCCCCUCUGAGGCAGCCAGCCAUCUGGGAUUACCUAUCAGUCGCACACGUACCUCAGCCAGAAGACCGAGUGGAACUCCCCGAUGGAACGACUUUCAUCUCCAAGGGAGGAGAGCUCAACCUGCUUCCCGAUCCGGAAGGGACCGGGAUCGAGCCCGAAGAUCGGAUCGCAUACCGGGCUUUUUCAGAGGAUGUCGAGAUCAGUGUCAAACACCCUGCCGUCAGUACCAUGAGCAUCGAUUUCCUCUGUCAGACUACCCUCGGCAUCUCCCCUCGCGAUCAUGAGCUCUGGAAGGCACACAACAGGGCCGGGCGGACUGGCCACCAUACUGUCCUGACUCUUGGCGGAGGACCAGAAGCCCCGGAAGAUACCCGGACGACGUACCUGGAUCUCCUCCGAAAUACUGCCGAGAUCAGGAAACGCUAUGCCAAACGCGGUCAGUCGUUCGGCGGGUCCUCCUACUUCUGCCUCACCGUCGAUCAGGCGAACAACUCAUUCUUGACCUUCCAGCCGCACCACACUGGUCCGGGUCUGGCGAAUUCGACUCUGAGCUCUGGUGAUGAGGUACCUGGAAUCAGAUAUCCAGGGAAGACCUCGCUACAGGUUGACAUUCGCUUCGAGUAG